GGUGACGGGGUGCGCGGGGUUCCAGUCUUCCCAGCGAUAGAAAGGGGCUGCGUGCGCGGUCGGGCAUCAACCAUGUGCGGUAUCUUUGCUUAUUUGAACUACAGAGUACCACGGACAAGGAAAGAAAUAUUUGAAACACUGAUAAAAGGACUACAAAGACUAGAAUACAGAGGAUAUGACUCUGCAGGUGUUGCAAUUGAUGGGAAUAAUAAUAAAGAUAAAGAACGGUACAUCAAAUUAGUGAAAAAAAGAGGAAAAGUAAAGGCUCUUGAUGAGGAAUUGCAAAAGCAGGAAGGCUUGGAUUUAAAGGCAGAUUUUGAGACACAUUUUGGCAUCGCUCACACUCGCUGGGCUACUCAUGGAGUACCCAAUGCUGUCAACAGUCACCCCCAACGAUCAGAUAAAAGUAAUGAAUUUGUUGUUAUCCAUAAUGGAAUCAUUACAAAUUACAAAGACCUACGGAAGUUUCUGGAGACGAAAGGUUAUGAAUUUGAAUCUGAAACAGAUACUGAAACUAUUCCAAAGUUGAUCAAAUAUGUGUAUGAUAACAAAGAAACCGAAGAUGUGAGUUUUUCUGUCUUGGUUGAGAGAGUCAUUCAGCAGCUGGAAGGGGCUUUUGCACUGGUUUUCAAAAGUAUCCAUUUUCCAGGGGAAGCUGUUGCUACCAGGAGGGGGAGUCCUCUACUCAUUGGAGUUCGUAGCGAAUCUAAGCUCUCCACUGAACAAAUUCCUGUUUUAUAUCGAACAUGUAAUAUAGAAAAUGUAAAGAAUAUGAGCAAAACACAAAUGAAAAGACUGGACAGUUCAACCUGCCUUCAUGCUGUAGGCGAUAAAGCAGUUGAAUUUUUCUUUGCUUCAGAUGCAAGUGCCAUCAUUGAGCACACCAACAGAGUUAUUUUUCUAGAAGAUGAUGACAUUGCAGCAGUGGCUGAUGGAAAGCUUUCCAUUCAUCGGCUAAAACGUUCUGCUACCGAUGACCCAUCUCGAGCCAUUCAAACUUUGCAAAUGGAGCUGCAGCAGAUCAUGAAAGGGAACUUCAGUGCCUUCAUGCAGAAGGAAAUAUUUGAACAACCAGAAUCUGUUUUCAAUACAAUGAGAGGAAGAGUGAACUUUGAGACCAACAAAGUUCUUUUAGGUGGCUUGAAGGAUCAUUUGAAAGAAAUCAAAAGAUGCAGACGAUUAAUAAUUAUUGGAUGUGGAACCAGUUAUCAUGCUGCUGUGGCUACUCGUCAAGUAUUGGAAGAACUGACUGAGCUACCUGUCAUGGUGGAACUGGCUAGUGAUUUUCUGGAUCGGAAUACCCCUGUAUUUCGAGAUGAUGUGUGCUUUUUUAUCAGCCAGUCAGGAGAAACUGCUGAUACAUUGAUGGCUUUGCGGUAUUGCAAGAAUCGUCGAGCUUUGACAGUUGGCAUUACAAACACAGUGGGAAGUUCAAUAUCCAGGGAUACAGACUGUGGUGUACAUAUCAAUGCAGGACCUGAAAUUGGCGUUGCAAGCACAAAGGCUUAUACCAGCCAGUUCAUCUCUCUUGUGAUGUUUGGUCUGAUGAUGUCUGAAGACAGGAUAUCCUUGCAAAAAAGAAGACAGGAGAUCAUAAAUAGUCUGAAGUCAUUACCUGAGAUGAUUAAAGAAGUACUGUCUUUGGAUGAGAAAAUACAUGAGCUGGCAUUUGAACUAUAUAAACAACGGUCACUUUUGGUUAUGGGUCGAGGAUACAACUAUGCCACUUGCUUGGAAGGGGCACUGAAAAUCAAAGAGAUUACAUAUAUGCAUUCUGAAGGUAUCUUGGCUGGGGAACUGAAGCACGGGCCAUUGGCUCUUAUAGAUAAACAAAUGCCUGUUAUUAUGAUAAUUAUGAAGGAUCCCUGCUUUACCAAGUGCCAGAAUGCUCUACAGCAAGUCACUGCCCGACAGGGCCGCCCUAUUAUUUUAUGUUCUAGAGAAGAUACGGAGAGCUCCAAAUUUGCUUACAAAACAAUUGAGUUGCCACAGACAGUAGAUUGUCUACAGGGAGUUUUGAGCGUGAUCCCUCUACAGCUGCUUUCAUUCCACCUGGCUGUUCUCAGAGGAUAUGAUGUGGAUUUCCCAAGAAAUUUGGCUAAAUCUGUGACUGUAGAAUAAGUAUUAUGCCAUAACAUAUAGCCUGAUAAUGUCAUAAUGCUAUGUUGGGCUUUGUUUAGCCUAGCUUUGGCUGGUUUCAGUGGAUAAACUCACCACAGGUAACAAAUCAUGGCUUUUUUCUUGGCAGUUUGAAGCCAUGAUUUGAAAUUGAUUUUCAAAUCCUGAUUUAUUUUAAUCAACUUGUUAUGUCUAUACUUGGACUUCUGGUUUAUUUUUGAACUUAGUGCAAUUUAAGAGCAGUUUAAAAAGGUACCAGUCAUUAGGAUAAACUGCUCUUUCUUUUCUUUCCCAAGUCCUUAAUUUUCCUGUUAGCAUUCUUCUUUCCAAAGUGGACUCUCUGCGCAUAAACCCUAAUCAAGCAAUUCAUUUUCCUAAAAGUGCAACAUCCCUUUCUCAGAAGGGAAACUAAUGAGGUUCAGAAAAAUAUCAAUAGGGAAAGCAAAUCUUACAUAAAAAUCCCAAACUGCACCUUACAUACAAUUUUUUAAAAACUUUGCAAAUCUAAAAGCAAAGCAUAUACAAUCCUUCUUCUCAGAAAAUGUAAAACAUAUACAACAACCCCAUUGUCCACAAGAACACAAGCAAAAUGCACAUAUUAUUAGAGACCAAUAAACAUGCAAACACAUUCAGAAAUAUAUGUGCAACCUCCCCCAUAAAAAUAUAUGUACACAUCCACCACUAAUAAAGCUACAGGCAGCCCCAUCCCUUACGUGAUAGGAUGCUUAGGAAAUGGUAGAGGAGGAAAUCAGGAAUUCACAGAACAAGCCAGGGUUACUUUUUGUCUGUGAGACUGACUCUGGUUUGUUUAAAUUGUGGUUAAACUAAAUUUUAGCAUUAUGUGCAAAUAGUUUUAUUAGUCAUCUAAAUUGUAUUUUUUAAGGUUUUAAACUAGUAUUCUGAUUAUUCUGACCCUUCACUGCAAAGCAUAACUUUUUUUUUUUACUUCAGGUUUUUUAACAUGGGAAUAGUGAACCAAUAGCCAGUAUACUGCUAACUAGGAAAUAUCUGGGAAGUUGUCCUUACUUUUAAAAAAAAAAACUUGCUUAAUGUGCCUUUAAAUAUUUGUCAUAUGCCUUACUAAAUGCUCAUGCUUAUAGCAUUACUGAAAUAAUCAAAUUGCCAAAGAAUGGAAGAAAACUAUUGUUUACAUAUGCUUAAUGAAUUGUGUUUUUUACAACUGUGCAAUAUAUGUAUAUAGCUUUUUUUCUGAGUUACUGUGAAUAAAUCAACACUACAAGCAGCCUGAUGCUAUACAAGUGUACUCAAACUGAGUCCUUAUGAAAUUGGUAGGAUUUGCUCUUGGGUACGUGUACAUGGAAUGGCUGCCUUACUUUUAAAUACAAAGUAUUUAUAUAUACACAAAUGUAUAGCAUUUAAGUUAUUUUAGCAUAUAGGUUACUUCUACUAGUGGGUAAUGCCUAAGAGUUAAUCCUAGGCUCAUUAAGCUUGUAUUAAUUAAUUUGUUACAUUUACACAUCUCACUAAGGCAGAAUAAAUGAUGGAAUCACUCUCACCUGACCCUUCCUGCCACCAGGAGCAGUUCAAACAACCAUAGAAUCCCAUUCUGUGGUUUGGUUAACAUAACUCUAAACCAGGAACUCUCACUUAUUCUGCCUGCUUACAAGCCAAGUGGAAGCUAUGGAAGAGCCAAGCAGAAGUGAUUAAAGAGUGUGAAGGAAUCUGGUUUAAACAUAAUAUGUGAAUGCAGUCAGUUGUAUACUGAUUAUUUUACUUUGAGCAGUUGUAGUUUUAACUGAAAUUCUAUUGCAUUUAUCUGUCUUUUUAUAUUUCUGUACUGUUGUUAAUGAAAACAAACAUCAUUUAAACUUGAUUCUAUUUUUUGUUGAACUGUGUCUUUAGAUAAAAUACAUUAUACAUGCUUCUUUUUCUUGAAUAGUGUUAUUUAAUCCUAUAAGGCUACUGCAUAUUUUGUGAGUAUGUUUCUACUUAACUAUAAUACAACCAAAAUG